AUGAGUAAUACUGAAAAAAAAAACAAAAAAAAAACAAUUAAUUUUUUUUAUGUAGAAAAACAAGAAAAAACAUGUAAAAUAGAACAGUAAAUUUCUGGAAUAUAAGUCAUUCUCUUUUUACAGUGUAGGUAGCAGCCAACAGUGUCCUGCAUGAGAAAAGUCACAUGAGUUUGACAUCGCUCGUUGGCUCCAGGAUGAGAUAAAGGCAUCAUUUAGCAGCAGGAUGUUAAUGCAGCCCCCAGCUGUGAAUGAGAGGAUUUGGGACAGAAAUUGCCAUUUGUCACACCGCAGGGAGCCUUACAUGCCAAGAAACAUCACCUUUUCCCUUUUGUAAAGACUGUUUUAACCAAACUGUUUUAACACACAUCUGAAGAAGAGUGACUUUUUGAAUUACAAGUCACAAUAAAGACAUUUUAGUGGUAAAAUGUCUUUCUCUGAGUUCCUCCAUAUGCCCUGAUAUUCCUCAGUGUCUAUUUUAACCGUCCAAUGUGUGUAUUUUCUUUAAAAGAUCAUCAACGAUACACCAUUUAUCUUAGGAAGGAACUCUUUAUUGUCAACAUGUGAACUUUCAUUAGUCCUUGAAUGGAUCUUUGGUUACGAAAGUUUCCAUUAGAAAAAGUGACUUAACUUUAAUACUUAACUUAAAAUUGUGAUAUUUAUUUAUAUAUACACAAGGAUAUGCACAGUAUAGCCAAAGAGGUUACAAUAAUUAUUUGGUAUUCUUUGUUAUAGCAUAAAAGGUUAUAAAAAAAAUAUAAUAUAGAAAGCAUACAGAAGAUAUUUAUAUAAGGUAUGCUGUACAUGUGUGUCAAAAAGGAUGGGUUUAGUAAGGGAAUCUUAAUCAUGCAUUCAUAUUGGUAAAUUAAUAAAAAAUCAAUUAAAUGUGUCUGUCAUAAUGUCAGUUGUCUCAGUUUUUAUUCCAGUACUAAAUAUACUUUUGUUAAUAAAUACAAAAAUAAAAAAAUACCAAAAAAAGGAUUUCGCCACCGACUGGAUUGUUUGUCAUGUUGAUGAAUUAGAAGUAAUUUCCCCCCCCGGGGAUUGAUAAAGUUUCUGAGUCUGAUUUUAAAUCUGCUUUACGAGGACACCUGAACGCCCCACGUGUCUCAGCCAAUCAGAGCCACGUUUCUAUCGUCAACAGGAAACGGGGGAAGAAGCGUCCUUGGUGAUGUUGUCAGUACUGUAACUUUCGCAUCUUUGCCUCCUUUGCGUACACAAUGUCUGUGUUAAACAACUGACAACUCAUCGGUUUCACCACAGAGGCUAAUGACAGAACGAUUAAAGUUUGGAAGUAACCAUGACUGCAGCUGCUCUCAUAGGAGACCAGCUGAUCCUUGAAGAGGACUAUGAUGAAACCUAUAUACCCUCUGAGCAAGAGAUCCAAGAGUACGCAAGAGAAAUUGGCAUUGAUCCCGACAGUGAGCCGGAGCUCUUGUGGCUGGCCAGGGAAGGCAUUGUUGCCCCACUGCCUGCCGAGUGGAAGCCUUGCCAGGACGUGACGGGGGACAUCUACUACUUCAACUUCUCUUCGGGACAGUCCACGUGGGAUCACCCGUGCGACGAGCACUACCGCCGCCUGGUGGCCCAGGAGCGUGAGCGCGCCCAGCUCACAGCCGCUGUAGGAGGCACAGGGGUGAAGAAGGACAAGGACAAGAAGAAGAAGAAAGAAAAGAAGGAGAAAAAGGAGAAAAAGAAGAAGGAGCCACUAAAGACACCUGGAGUACUGAGUUCAGCUCUGGGACCCCUACCAUCCCCUCUGGGCAGCCUGGCUCCUCUCAGAGGCCUGGAUGCCCCUGGUGUGGGCCCACUGCCUGGUUCUGCCCCUCCUCUCCGGCGGUCCCUCGGCAGCUCUGGGGGACUGGAGCCCCUAAAAACAUCCCUCGGGGGCCCUCGGAGCAGUGGAGCUUCGAGCGUUUUGGGCAGCAGGCAGGAGGAGAGGGUGUCUUUCACUCUGCCUGGCUUUGAUGAUGAUGAGGAGGAUGAGAAAAUCUCAGAAAACGAGCCGAGUCCUCGCGGUUCAGACCGAUUACUCAGGAACCUUCAUCUGGACCUGGAUGCCCUUGGGGGAGGCCUACAGUAUGAGGACAGUGAAGCCAGUGGUGGAGCUCCAGCUGAAGAGAAGACAGAGCCAGAGUUGCAGGACUUGGGCCUAUCUGGAGACCACAGCCCCGAACCACCAUCCCAACAGGACUCUCUGAGGGACCGCCACCUCCGACUGUCCUCACUGGCAGGCAGCAGAAACCGUGUCAGUGAGGAGGGGGAGAGUCCUGAACACUCUGCUGAACAUGGGGUAGCAGAGGAGUUAAAUGAAGUGGCAGAGGAAGUAGAGGAGGAGGAGGAGGAGGUGGAGGUGGAAGACGAAGCUCAGAGAGAGAAGGGAGAGGAUGAAGGAGGAGGGGAAGCAGAGGGAGAGAAUGGAAAGAUAGGAAAUGAGCUGGAUGAUGGAGAGGCAGCAGAUGAGAGAAAAAACAAAGAAGAGGAGGAUGAGAUGGAGGAUGAGCAGGGAGGAAGUAAAAGCUCUAAAGAAAGCAAGAAAGAUGAGGAGGAGUUAGAGAGCGAUGAGGUAGAGGAGGAAUGCUGUGAAGGCGUGGAUGAAGAUGAAAACGAAGGCGAUGGUGUAGUGUCAGAAAACAUGAAACACAGUGAGAAGGAGAGCAAUGAAAGAAAGGAAAAUGAAAGCAGGCAGGAUGAGGCCAAAGACAGAGAAGAGAACGUAGAGAGUGACGAGGCAGUGGAGAGUUUGCCGGAGGAGAAAGAAGAAGAGGUGAAGGAAGCUGUGCGAGCAGAAGAAGAAAAACAAAACGAAUCUGAGGAAGAUGGCGAAGAAGUUGUGGAGAAAGGCUUCAAAAGUGAUGAGCAGAAUGAGAGUGAGGAAGAGGAGGUGGAGAUAAGUAAUGAAAGAGAGCUAGUGAAGGAAAGAGAGGAGGAGGAGGAGGAGGAGGAGGAGGGUGAGGGUGAUGAGGCUCUGGAAAGAUGCUCCCUGAGCCAGGGGAAACUGACAGAGAGUGACGAGGAGGUGUUAGAGAGAUGUGUGCAGAGUGAAGCAGGAGAAACAGAGGGGGAGGGGCUAGAGGGAGAUUAUGAACUAGACACCCAUGAGCCCCAAACUGCAUCGGGGAGUGAGGAGGAAGUCAUCGAGGUUUUUGAGACCGGACUGGCUCAGGUCCAACCAGACACAUCAAGCAAGAAGACGGUGCUGAGUGACCUUAAAACACUCGAUCAAAAGAGAAAAACUCUUGCUGGCGAGAUGGACAAAGUGACAAAAAAAUCCCCCCUUCCUGCAGAGGAGUCUGAGGUCAGAGAGAACAUUGAGGAGGCUUCAUCCUCCAUAGAUGUCAAGCUGUCGGAAAAGGUUCUGGACAUCAACGACCUCUCUGGCACUGUUAGUCCACUGGAGAGCGACGACAAAGAGGAAUACAAAGAAGAAGAGGAAAAUAGAAAGCGGGCAAAGACAAACAAGGCUGAGGCUACCAAGAGACAUUUAAAGGCUGCUGGCAAAGACAACCCUCAAGCUCAGAAAGUUGACAGACUUGUCCUCCACCAGUCCAGCCAUUCGGCCUCGCUCUCAAGCCCGUCCCCCUCAGAGCAAGAUGUCAGGCUCUAUCUAAAAAAAAACGAAAGCCUUGGCAUGUCUUUGGGACUGCAGAGGCCUGAGACCUCCAGAGGUCGGCUGGUCCGCACCUCCAACACCCAACUGGAAGAUGCUGAACCUCACUUAAAAAGCCAAGAGAGCUCGCUGGAAGAAGAGUCCAGCUGGAGAGCCCGGAGGGACAGACAGAAGAAAGAGAGGGAGAAAAAGGAAGAGGAGGAGAAAGAGGAGGAGAGGAAGAGGUCAGAGAGAGAGGAGAUGAAUCUGAGAGAAAUGAAGGAGGAGAGGGAAAAGAGGAAGGCUGACGGUGAGGUGGAGGAGGAGAAAGAGCAUAUGAUGAAGGAGAAGAGGAUGCGACUCCUCCAGGAGGAGCUGAGGAGAGAAGAGGAGGAGGAGGAGAGGAAGCUGAAGGAGGAGAGCGAAGAAAGACUGAGGGCUCUGCGGCAGCGUCACCUGUCCAGGAGGGGAGAGGAGGAGGCCAGACUGAAUGAGGAGGCUGAUAGGAUGCUGGAGAAGCUCAGAGAGUCAGCCCGGCAGGAAAGGGAGAGGCAGCAAAAAAGGCUCAGGGAGGAGAGCGAGGUCAUGCUGAAGGAGUUACGCAUCACUCUAGAGGAAGAGCGAGCAGCAGAGCGUGACAGACUGGAGGCCCAGAAGAGGCAAGAUGUCGAACACCUGAAGGCCGAGUCGGAAGAGGAACUGCAGGCGGAGAGGAGAAGACUCGAGGGAGAGAGGGAGGAGAAACUGAAAUUAGAGGUCAAAAUCUCAGAGAAGAGGAGGGAGCUCUUGAGUCCACGUCCUGAACAACAACUGGCAGGGUACCACCGAGAGCUGGCUGAUGUUCUUCAGGAGGUGCGGGAGGAGGUGCAGCGUGAUCACGAGAGGAAGCUGGAGCAGCUGAAGGAGGAACACAGGAGAGAGAUGAACAGCAUCAGGGAGAAAAACCUGGAUGAGGAGACAGCUCAGAGGGCGCGCUUGCUUUCUACUCUGCAGGAGGACAGAGAGCAUCUCCAGGCCUCGCAUGCUGUCCAACUGGAGAAACUCCGCUUACAGCUCAACGCACAGAUACAAAAGACACGGCUGACACACUCACGCAAGGAGUCAGAACUGCAGGAUCUGUCCGAUCAGAUGGACCUGAGAGCAAAAGAGCUGAAGACCCAGGAGGCCAUGCUCCAGACUAAGGCAGCAGAUCUGAAGAGGAGGAGGAGGAAUCUUGGGGAGGAAGAGGAGGAAGUGGACAGACAGAUAGAGGCCUUACCCCGGCUGAUCCAAGAGAGAGACCUGCUGAGGGAGGAGCUGGAGAGGAUGAGAGAGGAGAAACAUCAAGCCAGAGAACUCAUCCAGAGAGCCAGGGAGGAGAGGAGUGAGGCCAAGGAGGAGGAAGAGAGGCUGAGGGAGGAGAGAGACAGAGCCAGGGAAGAGAGCAGGAGGGCCAAGGAGGACAGGGAGCGAUUCGAGAGCAAGGUUGCGCUGCUGCAGGAGAGAUGCGACCGCCUCAGUCGUAGAGUCAGUGAGCAGGAACAAGGCGAAGGAGCGAGCGCCUCCCCCAGACCUGAACCUAAACAGGACAAAAAGAAGGCAGAUAAAGCAGCGCCCUCUAGUGACAGGAGAGACUCAUCGCUACAUGUAGAAGACCUGGAGGACCCACCACUGUCCCCUGUACCUGACAGCCACAGCAGCAUGGACGAGUUCAGACGCUACAUCUCCUCACAUGGAGCAUCCAUCCAAAAGACCAAAGCAUUCCUGGAGAAGGAGAGCCGCCGGCUGAUGGAGAGACAGGCAGCUCUGCAGACAGCCCAGACCAGUUCCUCCAAGGACCCCAACCGGGAAGGAGGGGUGACUGAGGAGAUGAUAAGAAACCUCCAGCAGGAGGCCAGAAAUGUGUCGGAGCUGCAGCGGACAGUUCAGAGAGGAAACACUCUCCUGCGCAGGAAAGAGGAGCAACUCCAGCAGCUGGAGAGCUCAAUAGCUGAAGAGCCGCUGUUUGAGGAUCUGUCUCGGCUGGCAGGUGAGAGGAAGGUGACCUUUGAUGUGACUGAAUCUGACCUCAGCAGCACUGUGGACCCACCGGAUGGGACAGGAGGUCAUCCGACUGUCCCAGACAAAGUCCAGCAAUUAGCAGAGUCCCUGCAGCAGAUCUCAGGCCAGCUCAACACCGUGCUGGGCGCAUUGGGUUCCCUAGCUCAGAGGCAGAGCACCACGCCCUAUACAGCCUUCACUCUGCCUCUGUCUCAGCCUCACCCCACCUCCACCUCAGCCCCAGGCGUGCCCCAGAUGCACACGCUAGGCCCCAGUUCCUCAGCCCCGCCUCCCUCAGUGAGGCUGUCAGAGCCAUCCUGGAACUGGGCGCCCCAAGGCACCUCCACAGCCCCCCCUCUCUUCAGCACCCCCAUCAGCAGUGGGCUGAGGGCCUCGGAGGACCUCAUCAACAGCCGUUGGAGCCAGAUAUUCCCCAGAGCACCUGUGGACCCAAUCGCCUCCAGUACCAUAGGGACAACCUCAGCAUAUUCAUCAUACAUACCUGCUGGUGAACAUGGUCGUAGCCUGCGGUCCAUGCAGAAUUCAGUGGAGGUGGACGGUCAGAGGCUGCAGGGGCUGAUCGAUGGCAACAAGAGGUGGCUGGAGAUGCGCAAGAAAGACACGAGCAUACCUCUGUUCACUCGCUAUCGGGCUCCUUCAACCAAGAGCAGCCUGGUCCAGCUGGGUCUGGACGAUAACAACCAGAUCAGAGUCUACCACUACUGAGGACACGACGACACAGUUCAGUCCCGUUGUACUGUGACUGUCACUGAGGACUUUGGAGCUUUAAUGACUGUGACAGGGUCAGCACUGUGACUGGGCCUCAUGUGAGCGUCCUGUGCCCUCUUUGAUCCAUUCCUUUGACAAGUUUUCAGCGCAAACGUUUUUCAGGGAAAGGCUGAGCUCCUCUGCUCUGUGAUUGGAGGAGUUGAUGUGCGGAGGACACGGCAGUUCAGGGAGCAACAUGCCACAGAGGGCUGAGGACUUUAUCCUCCAACAUUAGAUAUGGCUGCGAGCAACAGGAGACUAUUUAAAGCACUUCAAUGUCAUGUUUACAGAUUCUAGCUCCAUGCCAGACUUUGGCCAAACUGCUUUUUAAAAAUUGUUUAGUUUACUAUGAUGUCAAGACAAUCACAGAAAAGUUUGUGUGUUUUGCGGCCCAGACAUCAUUAAACUUAUCUUCAUGUCGUGAACCCAUUUGCUGCUCAGGCAGGACAUAACACUACAAAGUACUUUUCUUUUUUUUAGCUACACAGAGGUCAAGUUUCAUUUCAUCACAUUAAACUACAUUUGUAUUUAUGACACUGUUGUGAUGUGUGUGAAAUGUAAGUGUGGUGGUUGUUUUAGUAUGUCACAGAAACAGAAAUUACUGUUUGUAAAGGUAAGGUCAGUCCACAUUUAUUUUACAAUAAAUGCUUUUUCAUAUUCCAGACGUAGGCACAGCCGUAGCAGUGAGCCGUUGAUUAGUGUUAACGUGUGUGCAGGCAGAGAGAAAACAUGUCUGUUGUGAUUAAAUGCUGUAUUUUUGUAUCAAAUAUUUUAAUAAAUAUACUUUUAUAUAUA